AAACAAACAACAGUAUCUCGUAGUCUCUCUCGACUCUGAGAAGAGAGACUUUUUUGAUCGGCGUCGUCGGAUUAUUUCCUUUUGUUGUCAAAUUGUUGCGUCGAAUUCGGUAGAUGCUUUCUGCUUGAUUUCGCGUUGAAUCUCGUAGUUUGUGGAGUUCAGGUUUUUCAAACGGGGUUCCCAAGUUUGUUUAUUUUUUCAGUUCUUGAAGUGAUUUGAUACGGAGCAGUCAUGGAUGUUGAUUCACAACCAAUGAUGGAGGAGACCAUACUGGUCGGUGAUGACCUAAUGACGGGUCCUCCAUCUCCUGUCAUCCCUCCUGAAAUUGCUUCACAUGUGCUUGAAGGUGUUGAAUUGUGUGAUGGGAUUUUGAGGAACCUAUUCUUAUGCUUGCAAAUCAAUGAUAUUGAACCAUUUUGCCAAGAUGAGCUUGCCUUGUAUCGACAAUGUGCUGAAAAGAGGGACAAGAUAUUGAGAGUAAGACUUCAAGAGAGCGAACACAAGUUAGGAUUGUCUAUGCCCAUUGAACUCGCUAAGGAAAGGAUUACUCAGCUUGAAGCUGAAGCCACAUCACUAGAGAGGCACUUGAUUCUAGCAAGUGGAGCUGAAGGAAUUGAAGGAUUUCGCCGGAGAUGGAGUUUGCACGGUCGGAUGACGGAUACCAAAAAAAGACUGGAGUCACUGAAGCUGGGAAUGGAGAACAGGAACAAGGAUGAACAUGAACAUAACCAUAACCAUGAUCAGUCCCCAAAACCUUCUGCUCCAAAAAGAUGGUUCUUUUGGUGAAUGAAUCAUGUUUUGGAUCAUAAAAGGUUCAUAAAUCAUAAUCAUUACACUUAUGGUGCAGGUUCUUCCCAAUGUAACCACUUUUAGCUAUUAAAAGUAUUAAUUAAAA